UCUCCUGGAUUCUCCAGUUUUUUCAUAUCUGGUCUCCUGUUUUUUCAUACCUGGGGGUUGACACGUCUGCACUGACGAUAUUUUGCAAUAGCUGUUCUGAAUAGAUCGGAAAUCUUAUUUCGUUCACAUUCAUUUUGUGUCUUGUUAUAAGUUAAGUGCCGACGAGUCCCGAUUUGUAUUUCGAGCCUCUUAUUAUCAACCAGCGUCCAGCCGGUUUUCUCCGUGCUUCUAGCUGUCAUGUCGCCAUUGUUGUCCACAAACUUUUCAGUCUGUCUUUAACUGUCAAAAUGUUGUAUUAAAUUAACUGACUAGCUUUAGUCAUUGCAAGGGCGAGAUAGAUCCACUCUCCAGAAUGAACGAUAUAUAAUGAACGAACGAUAUAUGUGAAUGACAUAUAUGAAUGGCAUAAUUAUGAAUGAUAAAUGGUAUAUGAUACAAUAUGAAUGAUAUGAUUGACUAUAUGAAUAAACGUCUACAUGUCUUAAAGUCUAAAUAUAUGUCGUCAUUAACGGAAGAUCAUUGAGCCCUUGAAUAGCUACACAACGCGAGUAGUCACAACAGCUUCUGGAGAAUACAGUCGACGUCUCGGCGAAGUUCAAACUCUUUGUGUUACCUGCGUAGUGGUUAAUAUGACAGAGCCAGUCAUUAAUAACGUCAAUACUACAGGAAUGGAUACUCCAUUGCCAAAUGACACUCCAUUUCCAAACUCAGACUCUGAUUCACAGGAAGAAAGCUCGUCAAAGCUCAAUGCUGCUCGUCAACACAGAAAACAGUUACGUGGAAAGUUUACGCGUUCAAUCACACGGAUUCAAACCUACAUCAGAAAAGGUGAAGGAGACGCCAGAAAAUUAAAGAGAGAGCUCAAAGAAAUCAGGAAAGAGUAUGAAAAAUGUUCCGUUGCUAAUGGUGAAAUUAUAGAAUAUUGUGAUGAAUCCGAGAAAGGAAGAUUAGAACAGUGGGAGGAAGACCUCACGAAUGACUUUUAUGCUAUUGAAGAUCUGCUCUCAGAACACAUAAAAACUUUGUCCAGAAGUGAUCAGUCAGUUCAGAGUGUAACGUCCACACCCAAGUCAAAGUCAGAGCAAACGUCAAAGCCAGAGCAACCUGCGCAUACAUUGCAGUCCGUCUCACAGUCAGUUCAGCGCACCAACACGAUACAGCCAGCCAAACAUAUGUCAAUAUUGAACUUGCAGCCAGAUGAACACACGUCAACAUUAGAGUCUAGUCAACAGAAUACACCAACGUUGUCUUAUCAGUCGAAACCUAGGGUGAAAAAAUCAUUUGAUAGUUGGAUAGAUGAGUUGAAAGAGUUUGAAGAAACUGUCCAUAGUCAAAGAAAAGAAGAAAUCUCAAUUGCCGAUGCUCUUCUUAGAUUGGAAUCGAAUCGCGAUAUUCCAUUCUCAAAAUCAAUAUCUUUGAUGGUAAUCCUCUUGAGUAUGUAGAGUUCAUACAACGGUUCAGAGCACACAUACAUGAUAAGCCACAUCUUACAGAUGAAGUCAGGAUGGGACAACUUAAGAGUCAUCUCUCAGCGGGAGUCAACAAAACUUGGUCAGGUUUGGGAUCGUCCGGAAGUAUGUACGCGACUGCUUUAAAGACUUUGAAAGCUGAAUAUGGUUCACCUAGUCGAAUAGCCGGAGCAUACGUAACCAAGCUCACCAAUGGUCCAAAGAUAGCUGAGAAAAAUGCCCUGAAAGAACUUUCAAUUGAUGUAAUCAAUGCUAUCGCCAGUCUAACUCAGCUGAAUUAUUUUUCUGAUAUCAAUGCCAGUGACAAUCUCAGGAAAAUUGUUGAACGAAUGCCAAACUACAUGAUUGAUCAGUGGAAGACUAAAGUUGCUUUAAUAUCAGAACAUCAGGUGAAACUCCGUCAGUCACGCACAUAGACACAUUUCUCAGAUCCAAAGUUAGAGCCGAAUUCGAUCCUGAUUUUGGUGAUGUCAAGAAAACUAAUGCCUUCAACAAGCCUGCCUACUUACCUUAUAAGCGAUCUGUCAAUGCAGCACCCAGUCAUGCUCAAAAUGGUCAAAGAUCGUCAUCCAAGAAUUGUUCUUUUUGUCAAAAGGAACAUUAUCUGUCACAGUGUGAAAGGUUCAGAAAUUUAGAUAAUAAAGCCAAAUUCACGCAUGUCACGUCAGAACGCUUAUGUUUCUCUUGUCUUUCUAGAGGACACAAUAUCUUUAAGUGCCGAAGCAAACAACGAUGUAAUGAAAAUGGUUGUCAACGAUACCAUCACAAACUCUUACACUCAGAUACUCCAGUCAGCAGUGUGUUAGACAAACGUGCAAUGUUACCAGUCGUCCGAAUCCGGUUUAAAGCGCCUAAUGGAAAAACUUUGUAUGGCAAUGCAUUAAUAGACAGUGGUGCCGGUACAACCGUCAUAAGAAAAGCCUUCGCCAAAGCUUUGGGUCUCCAAGGGAAGAUCGAAUCUAUUGACAUUUCUGUCGUUGGGGGGAGACAACUCUCUCAGAAGUAUAGUCGUCGGGUAAACUUUAAAAUAUCUGCACUAAAUGGAGUUGAGGAAUUCAACAUUCAAGCACACGAGAUUGAUUACACCAUAAUGGAUGUCCCUGCACUUGAUAAGCAAUGGCUCAAGUCUUUUAAUUAUUUAACAGACAUAAACUUCAGUCAGGAAGAAGGCCCUGUAGAUCUCAUCCUUGGAGUACAGUAUACACACCUUCAUGCGGAUUCAGAAUAUCGCCAAGGACUACCGUACGAACCUUUAGCCAAACAUUCUCUACUAGGAUGGUACGUCAUCGGUUCCGAUAAUAAAACAAUGUUCAGUCAACGCUAUAUGCCAGUUCCAAGAGUCAAUAAACUUGGAAAAGUUCUAUGAAUUUGAAACGAUGGGAGUUCGUGCAGCCAAUUGUCAAUGUCCGAAGAUACAGAUAUCAGAUAGGACUUCCAUGGAAAUCAGACGCUAAUUUACUGCCUGACAAUUACAAACUUGCCGAAAAACGACUCUUGUCAUUAGAAAGCAGCCUUUCGAAAGACCCUGUCAAGUCAGAACUUUAUUGUCAAGUCAUGAAAGAUUAUAUUACAAAUGAAUGGGCUGUCAAACUAAGUCUAGAAGAAGUCAGUCAACCGAUUAAGCUUGUUUACUAUUUGCCCCACUUUGGAGUCUACCGUCCGGAUAAAGCCAGUACACCUCUUGGAAUUGUGUUCGACCCAGCUUGUCAGUUCCAGGGUACGUCUUUGAACCAGUUCUUAUUGAAAGGUCCAUGUCUCAUUGGUAAUCUCUUUGGAGUCCUUAUUUGGUUCAGAGAAGAACCAGUAGCCAUAGUCGGAGAUAUCUCAAAAAUGUUUCUUCAAGUUCGUCUAAGGGAAGAAGACAGCCAAGUUCACUGGUUCUUAUGGAGAAAUAUGGAUACAACCAGAGAUCCAGAUAUCUAUCGUCUCUUGAGGGUCACAUUUGGAGAUAAGUCGUCACCUGAUAUGGCCUCUUACGUCAUGAACAAGAUUGCCAUGGUCCAUCAAAACGAGUAUCCUGAAGCAGCCGCAAUUCUUCAAAGAGACCGAUAUAUGGAUGAUCUUAUUCACUCAUGCAGUAGUCAAGAUGAAGCCAUCAAACGAAUGAAUGAUCUCGAUAAACUCUUAAUAGAAACCGGAAAGUUUAAGAUUAAGGAAUGGUAUUGUUCAGCUAGUUCAGUCAAAUCUAGUCAGUCAGUCAACGAAGUCAGUCUGGAUGGUGAGGAUGAUCUUAAAACGCUAGGCUUAGGCUGGAAUCCUGUCAUGGAUAUACUCAAGUUCGCAGUCAAGUCAGUCAACGUCUCAGUAUUUACCAAGAGAAUCGUUCUGUCAAAAAUGUCAAGUCUAUUUGAUCCUUUGGGAUUAGCCUCUCCAAUAACCAUUAAAAUGCGCAUGGCUAUGCAGGAGAUUUGGAGACAUACGGAGUUACAGUGGGAUGAUCAUCUCUCUAGCGACUUCAAUCAACUAUGGUCAAUUUUGUUUGAUGAAAUGUUUCGUCUGAACAACUUGUCUUAUCCUAGAUGCCUAAAACCAGUCAACGCUUAUGGUCAGCCUGAAUUGCACACGUUCUGUGAUGCUAGUUUGAAAGCAUUUGGAGCCGUGAUUUAUAUAGUAUGGACAACGUCUAAUGGUCGAGAAGUCCAGCUCGUAACGUCUAAGGCCAAAGUAUCACCUUUACGUCAGUCUACAAUUCCAAGACUGGAAUUGAUGGCAGUUCUAGUCGGUUCUCGUCUUACCAAAACAGUCAUAGAUGAAUUACGUACUAAGCCAGUUUUGGUCAACAUUUGGUCAGAUUCACACAUCGUCUUAAACUGGAUACAGUCAGAGUCUAUCAACAUGAAACCAUUUGUCGGUGUCAGAGUCACAGAAAUCCAGUCAUUGUGGGAAUUGUCACAGUUCAAGUAUUUGCCCACAGAUCUUAAUCCUGCGGAUGAUCUUAGUCGUGGUCUCACGAUUGACAGAAUGACAGAGAGAUGGAUGUCAGGUCCAGAGUCAGAAUGGCCUGUCCAGUCAAAUAUGUCAAUAACAAUAGAAGAUGACAACGAAUUAAAAAGGGUGAAACCUUUAUUCCCUGUAGUCAAGUCUUCAUCAACACAACCUAUAAUUGAUCCCGUCAAAUAUUCCAGCUAUUUUAAAUUACUUAGAAUAACGUCAUAUGUCUACAGAUUCAUUAAUAAUUUAAAAGCAUUGGUCAAUUCUCGUCGAUCAAAGUCUUAUUGCCAAGAGAUCAUCACAUCACUAAAUUGAUCAUCUUAGAAGUUCAUCAGAAAGUGAAACACGCUGGUGUAGAAAGAACCUUAGCUGAAGUUCGUCGUAAAUUUUGGAUAGCUCAUGGUCGUCAAGUCGUCAAAUCUAUCGUCAAAUCUUGUGUCAUCUGUAGAAAGCUCAGACAGUCACCCUGUGAAACUCUCAUGGCGGACUUUCCACCAGAAAGACUAAAACCAUUAUCACCACCAUUCACAACAACCGGAGUCGAUUUAUUUGGUCCAUUUAUGCUAAAGUACGGUCGUAACAAAUCAAUCAAAGCCUGGGGACCAAUCUUCACUUGUUCAACAACUAGAGCCAUACAUCUAGAAAUCGUCCAAGACUUGUCAACACCUUCGUUCCUGUUCGCUCUUCGUCGUUUUGCAUCACAACAUGGAUGGCCCCAAACCAUUAUCUCAGAUAAUGGGUCAAACUUUACAGGAGCCGAGAAAGAAUUAUCUAAGUUAUUCCAAGAAGGAAGACAAAAUAUUGAAGAAUUUGUCGUAGUUCAUAAAAUCAUUUGGAAAUUCAUAACCCCUCUUAGUCCACAUCAGGGAGGCUUUUAUGAAAGUCUUAUUAAGCAAGUUAAAAAGAAUCUACAAGUCAUCAUCGGUCAGCAAAUCUUGUCAUGGAAUGAGAUGUCAACAGUCUUUGCUGAAAUCAAGGUUUUCAUCAAUAGUCGUCCUCUAGGAUAUUUGUCAGAUGAUCCAAAUGAUCCACAGCCACUAACUCCAAAUCAUUUAUUAGGUCGUGCAACUACAGAUGUUCCGUCCGGUCCUUUUGAAGAAACAAAGAACUUAAAGCGAUUUCUUUUUGUCCAGUCAUUAGUGUCAAAUUUUUGGAAGCGAUUCAUAAGUGAAUAUAUUCCCACGCUUAUGCGACGGUCAAAGUGGUUGUCUAUAGGUCGCCAAUUACAGAAGGAUGACAUUGUGCUAUUACUGGAUAAUUCAUGUGCUCAUCUGUCCAGGAAAAGAUGGAAUUGUUCGUAAUGUUCUUGUGAAAACUAAAAACUCAAGAGUACAAGCGCUCUAUUCAGAAAUGUGUUUUAAUACUGGAAUCAGUCGACAAGUCAUGUGUGCCCCCCCGAGGGUUGUUCUGAAUAGAUCGGAAAUCUUAUUUCGUUUACAUUCAUUUUGUGUUUUAUUUUUAGUUAAGUGCCGACGAGUCCCGAUUUGUAUUUCGAGCCUCUUAUUAUCAACCAAUCAGCGUCCAGCCGGUUUUCUCCGUGCUUCUAGCUGUCAUGUCGCCAUUGUUGUCCACAAACUUUUCAGUCUGUCUUUAACUGUCCAAAUGUUGUAUUAAAUUAACUGACUAGCUUUAGUCAUUGCAAGGGCGAGAUAGAUCCACUCUCCAGGUACUAUUCUAGAUCAAUUGUAUUGCGUGUUAUUCAGUGUUCUUAGAAUUAUGUGUCAGUUUCAACGAGUGACCAUACAGCGUGUGUUCGCCCCGCGUGUUUGCCGUCUGCCAGGACAUUAUUAAAAAUGGUUAUUUACAUUUUGAUGUUAUUUCAGACUAUUAUAAAAUACAGAAAUGACUUUUAGGGAUUAAUAUUCAAUGCCUCUAAAAUAAUGACUUUUCUGUGUAUUUACCAAAGUUUAUUAUCAUUGUUAUUUGUUUACAUUUGUCAUAGAUCCAUGCUUUUGUUACAAAAAAAUGUAGAUGUCAUGCAGCCACUUGUCAGUGGAUUGGCGUUCUAGUCUAGGCCUUUAAAGGAACAUUGUCAUAUUUUGUCAUAGUCUUAUCCUUUAAAGGGACAUUGCAUACAACUGUCAUAUUUCGUCAUAGUCUAACCUUUAAAGGGACAUUUAUGUCAUAACUUGUCAUAAUCAGUUCUAGUCCUUAUUGUCCUUAACUUUUGUCUUUUCAGAAUGAACAAUAUAUAAUGAACGAACGAUAUAUGUGAAUGACAUAUAUGAAUGGCAUAAUUAUGAAUGAUAAAUGGUAUAUGAUACAAUAUGAAUGAUAUGAUUGACUAUAUGAAUAAAUGUCUACAUGUCUUAAAGUCUAAAUAUAUGUCGUCAUUAACGGAAGAUCAUUGAGCCCUUGAAGAGUAGUCACAACAAUAGCAUGGCAAGCUUUAUAAACUUAUCUGUAUUUGUGAAGUUGACCCAUAUUUAUGACACAGCCUGCUUGUGGAUUAUUCUUAAAAUGGUGGUCUGGAAUGCCAUUUUCUUUUCUUUUUUAUGUUGAUUUAAUUGAAAUGAAAUGAAAUGAAAUGUUGUUUAAUGGCACGUCAGCUCCAACCGGACUAUAUUGCGCCAAACAUAUGGUGAAUAUUACAAGACAGGCUAAAUUAUAUCACAGAAAAACAUUAUAUGCAUAAAUAAAAACAAUA